GUCAAAUUCCUCCAACCUGCAUUGCACAGCAGAUAUACGGAUUAACCAGGAACAGAGACCAUUUUAUUUUCACUCUGAGGAGAGCUUUUAAUUUAUCUCCCUUCUUCAAAUACCUCAUAUUGCUUCCACCUUCCACCACAAAUGUCGAAGACCCUCGAAGCUCGGUUUGAGCAUCUCUCCGUCAAUGAUGAGAAUGAACCUCUCAGCAACAGCACAUACUACCAGAAACAAAAAGGCCCACACACAGCCUCAACUUCAGCGACACAGCUUACCAGCAACCCAAACCGCUCAAAUUUGCUAAAAUAUGCUCUUCAAAAUAGCAAUGGCUCCUCUCCCCGCAAACCCCAAGGAACAGUCAAUCUGGUAUCUUCCUCCUAUAACUCCACUGAAGAAAGUACAGCGGUCAGCCGGACUUCCAUCCCGUUCUACGAGCAGCCAAGCGCCCCAAAGAAAUUCCACCUGGGAAUGUUCGAAAUUGGAAAACCUCUCGGGAAGGGCAAGUUUGGUCGAGUAUACCUUGCUAGAGAACGAUCAACUGGCUUCGUUUGUGCUCUGAAAGUCUUGCACAAGAGCGAGCUGGUCCAGGGCAAAGUCGAGAAGCAAUUACGACGAGAAAUCGAAAUCCAAAGCAAUCUGAGACAUCCCAAUAUAUUACGCUUAUAUGGUCAUUUCCAUGAUAGUAAACGGGUGUUUCUGAUUCUCGAGUUUGCAGGCAAUGGAGAACUGUACAAACACCUGAGAAAGGAAAACCGAUUCCCAGAGUGGAAGGCUGCGCAAUAUAUCGCCCAGAUGGCUGCUGCAUUGAAAUACCUGCACAAAAAGCACGUCAUGCACCGUGAUAUCAAGCCAGAGAACAUCCUUGUGGGCAUCCAUGGCGAAAUCAAGAUAAGCGACUUUGGCUGGAGCGUACAUGCUCCAAAUAACAGAAGAAAUACCAUGUGCGGCACUUUGGACUACCUGCCUCCGGAAAUGCUUAGGCCUGGGUUACAGGACAAUUAUUAUAACGAGAAAAUCGAUCUAUGGAGCUUAGGUGUGCUUACGUACGAGUUCCUGGUUGGCGAGGCCCCGUUUGAAGACACGCCAAUUAUGACACGGCGGCGGAUUGCUAGGGGUGAGAUGAAAGUGCCGUCGUUUGUGAGCGCGGAGGCUAGGGAUCUUAUCAAGAAGUUAUUGGUUCUUGACCCAGAACAGCGAAUUCCUCUGGACGAAGUUCAGCAGCAUCCCUGGAUCAUUAAACAUUGCGUCAAAGGCGAGAGGGCAGCGAAGCGAAGCUCAGGCAACAAAAGUUAUAGAGAGUAGAUUUGCCUGCCUGUAACCUUGUGUGUUUUGAACAUUUCUAGCAUGGGUUUAGUAGUGGGUGCUAUCGUUUAUCGAGCGGGUGUAUGGAGUAUGGUUGAUUGUCCAUUUUGCUUAACUUUGGAGUACAGGAUCGGACACAUGGCAAUGAUUGCACAUGGAUCAUUGUUUUUGGGGCUACAGUAGCUUCUUUCAAGUUUUCGAUCGUUUCGUCAGUUAAUUGAGUGGUCUAUCAGAGUAUCAAAGAAUGAAUCAUUCCAAAAUAAAAACGCCGCUCUCCCCUGCCAGACGGUCUAGUUCAAACAGUCGUACCGAUACCCAUAUAAUGUACUGUACAUAUGUAUGAUAAUAAAAAAACGAAAAAAAAGGGGGAAAUUCCAGAAAACACCCUACAAAUUUCUUUCUCUUUUCCUUUCUUAUCGAUAAAUCUCAUCGAAAGGGCGGGUAUCUCGGAAACAGCUAUCCCAAACCUCAUCCACGACCUGUCUCGCGUGCUCCGCAUCCUUACAAGCCGGCCGCGCCAUGACUGACAAGGCAGCACGUCGCCGCACACACUCCUGAUGCUGUUGAGUUAGUUUCCAUUGGCCGCGGCGGAAGAACUCUCGGGCCCAUCUACAUUCUCCGCUUAAUGAGCUUGCCCGGAUCUACACGAACCAACAAACGGUUAGACUAUGUUUUAAUAUCUGAUAUCUUGAAUGAGAAUCUUGGGAGAUCGGACAUGGAGAAUGAUAAGAGGCGAAAUAUAAACGAACCUCAGUGCAAGCAGCGUGUCUCAAAUUGUCUGUCCAGUUCAACUUGAACCGUAAAUGAUCGUAGGCAUGCAUCAUCUCAUGUGCCAUUGUAUCCUCUAGAUGUCCCUGGUCCUUCAUUGCAUUUGCGCAUAUCCGGAUACCG